CAGCAGAAUACAUCUUGAUCCAACCAGUAUUAAUCAGGAGAAUAAACAAGGUAAACUCCAGCAGAAUUCAUCUAGAUCCAACCAGUAUUAAUCAGGAGAAUAAACCAGGCAUUCAUGGAAGAGUUCCUGGUCGAGCCGGGACUGAUGUUGAAUCCUGCAUUUCCUGCGCACUGCGCGAUGCCGCAAAACUCAUUUCAACAUCGAAGACGACCGAAACCAAAAUAAUCCUUGUAACAAGUGGGGAAAGCCAGGAGAAAGUUGAGAUUGCAGAUAACAGUGUUCCAGUUUAUGCUAUUGCAUUCAGAGAAUCUAAGAUGGAAACUCUAGUUGAAAUCACCAAGCAUGGAAAAAUGUUUGUGAUUGAAGACGAUGAUAGCGCUCUGCUGGCGCACUUUAGUGACGCUUUUCUAACUCUCAAGGAAGGAGAAACUAAAGCAAGCAAGUUCUUUCAACAGAAUUACAGGGUAUCUCCACGAGAGAAGAUUGAGGGUAAGUUUACAGUUGAGGAAUCCCUCCUCCGUAACCUAAAAGUGAUGAGUAUUACAAAGGACAAGGAAGACAUUGAAACCUUUGAGUUGAUCUCUCCCUCCGGCAAACUGCACAGGUUCCCCUUGGUUGAACGUGGAAGUGUUUACUUUGAGUUUGAGAGUAGAGUUGAGAUGGGAAUCUGGAGUUUCUCAAUCCAACCUUCUCUAUCAACAACCAAACCCAGUAUAUCUCUCUCCAUCUCGGCAUAUGCCGAACAGUCUGCGGAGUCUACGAUAACCGUGACAACCUGGACCAAUGUAGAUCAUGGAUUAUCCAGUCCUCUGGAUGGUCCAGUGUUAAUCUAUGCCCGGGUCCUGGAGGGAAACCUUCCUGUCUCCGGGGUAGAGGUGAGAGCUGAGAUACGAAAACCGCAGGGUGAACUGAUAGAGAUUAUACUUGAAGAUGAGGGUACAGGUUAUCCUGAUGUAACCAUGGGAGAUGGUAUUUACACGGGUUAUAUGACCAGUUUCAGCUCCGUAUCUGGAUUUUACAGCCUCGUAGUGCGAGCUGAAGAUGGGGCUGGGAGAGCCAGGAUCCCAACUCAGAUUGUCGGACAACUAGAUGAUUGCUGCGGAUCCAACUAUCCUGUAGUAUCUUCCAUUCCCACACCAACAUUUACUAGAGUCGUGAUGGGAUCUUCGUUCUAUCUAACCCAGGGUGUCCAGUUCUUUAUUAGGGACGGAGUGCCAAAGAUUCAGGAUAUCUUUCCACCAUCUAGAAUUACAGAUCUCAGAGUACAUGAGUAUAUACAAGACAGUUUAGAAGUUGUACUCAGCUGGAGUGCUCCAGGUGGAGAUUAUAACACUGGCACUGCGGCUCGAUACUCAAUAAGAAGCUCUUCAGAUAGAGACCUACUUGCAAAUGGCAAUUUCUCUCUCAGCGGAAUUCCAAUUCAUGAUUCUUUAAUACCCAAACCUGAGUUAGCGGGUUCACAACAGUUCUGCACUGUCACACUUCCUUGGGGAAAUGAAAUAUUUUACUACGGUAUAAUGGCGAUUGAUGACGGUGAAAACACAAGUCCUGUAUCCAAUCUUGUAUCUGUUUUUGCAAGGGAACUUGUCAUUGCAUCUGAAGGAUCCAUUGGGAGAAACCUGACAGGUUCCCCGGGAUCUCUUCCCUCCACUGUCCUUGAGGUGUUUGAAGACAACUUGUUAGUGUACAUCAUUGCUGGCUGCAUUACUGGUAUUGUUCUUAUUGUUCUCAUUGUCAUCCUCAUCUCUCUCCGCAUAUCCAGGAAUAAAUCAAACCAGAAACCCAAGCGGGAGUUUAUCACUGAGAUAAGUUCUCCAACCCUGAUCCACUCCUCCUCAGCCCUCACUGGUAUCCUCAAAGAUACAAGUCUAAGUGUUAUACCGAAUAAAAGUUCUCCUCAAGACUUUUCUAUGGACUAUGCUGUAUACAAGUCAGGUUUACCUGGUAGCCCACGAGAUGAUGUCUCAUGGGCAAUACUACCUACAUACACUAACAGUGCGUUCAGAAAAUCCUCUGACACCUUGGUGGACUCCGGGUACUACAGAGCAGGAGAACAAGUUGACAAUGUGUCUGAGUUCUAUCGACCCGCCUCGGACUAUGUGACCUACCAAAACCUCAAGCGGGAGGAGGUUACUGGAGACAUUAGUGAUAAUGGUACCGGUACCACCUCCUCUACAGAUUGUGAGAACAGUGAGACCUGUUCAGACAAGAACCUGCCAAACUUCCAAGGAUUAGGGAAGGAUACAAGCAGAAAUGCUGCCAGUGAGUUCCACAGCUUGGUGGUGACUGGUGAGGAUUGGAGGCAAGGAGAAGGUUCAAAAUUAUCAGUGUCUGGACCUAUAUCUCUCCAGGGACUAUCUGAGUAUGAUUUACAAGAAAAAAGACGACGAAGAGAAUCUUUUGUUUGACAAAUUUGCUUAAUGGUAUUAAAAAUUCACCAUAUUUUUAAAAAAACACAUCAAUAUUUUUAAAGUUUUAUCAAAUUUGUCAAAUUCUGCCCAAUUUUGCUAAAUAUGUUCCCUUCAUUUCAUAAACUGUGAUAUUACACUUGUACCUGAUUCACUUUAAUUUAACACUUAAAAACAUUUUUGUAAAUUUUUUAAAUUUUGUAAAUGCACCCCACCAAAUUUCAUUUGAAGUAUUUCACUUGAAAACAGGAGUUAUUCUAGUUCUUGUAAAUAAUACUUUUG